GCGCACCGACCAUGCGAGCGGGCUGGAACGGGGGGUAGGCCUGGCAGUCUCAGUGUAAAAAAAAAAAUUACUUUUUAAAUGGUGGGGGAAACGUAUCUCAGGGAGGACAUAGCAAAACAGAAAUGAAAAUAACGCGGACUAGGUCUAAUUAAUUGUGCUCUCAGUCUUGCAGACUUAAUACUUAUUGUCCGUAAGAUUAUUUACCUUUGUUCACGUGUCAAUAUAUUAGAUUUAAUAAUAUUUUGCUGUUUUUAAAGUUUAAAAUUUUCUAGUUUUCAAAAUAUACAUUUACAGAUAAAUGUUUUUAAAGUGUAAGAUUAAUUCUACACAUUAAUUAAGUCAAUAUAGCCAACCUAAAAUAAGGGCUACUGUACGUAAAAUAUCGGGCCUAAUUAACAUAUCGCUGAUAUGCCGUUUAUUGGUACUUAAUAUCGACUAACAUAAGAAAGGACUUCAAGUACCAGACGAGCCAUUCAUUGUUCUUGGAUUAUUACUAACUGAAACAAACUGUGGAGGACUUCUUUCUUUGGGAUUAUGUGCCUGAAAAAAAAACAAUAUAAUAUUUUGUUUACCAGGAUUAACUUGAGCGCAGCAUGACGUUGGUCAGAGUCAAUGGUUGACACGCACACAGCUAUGAGUGGACACAACUCCAAAGGGCGCCACGUGCGCUGUCCACUCCCCAGUGUUGUGUUCGUAGCUCGUCUCUUCACCUUUCACCUCCUGCAGUUUCUGGUGCUCCAUUUUGAGGCCCAAACACUAGCGGCAGACAGAUGUUUCAACACUUAUGAUGACGUGACGUGUGACUCGUGGGCCAAGCAUGGCAAGUGUGACGUCGUGGAAUGGAUGAUUGAAAACUGCGAGAAAUCUUGCAACGUGUGUGAUGAAGAAAAAGACGAAAAUUCCAGAUUUCGGAAAAUUCUCGAUGACUUCUAUGACUACAAGUCUCGGGAGUUCCCGGAGUAUGCCACUUUUGUUGGGAGACAUGACUUCGAUGACAUUCUAGAGUCUUUCAAGAUGGAUGCCUUCGACAGACGUAAGAACCAUACAGAAAGAUUUCUCCGCAGGCUGCGUAAUCUGGACAUCACAAAGUUGACCCGGAAGAACAAGCGCGAGAGAAGAAUUCUGAUGUCUUGUUUGCAGACAUUUGUAGAUGGGUACAAGUGGAGAGAGUAUGGGGCCCUCAAUUCAAUUAACUUCCUGGAGGGCCUGGCCAACGGGCCACAGUGGCCAAUGUACGCCAGACUGGACGAUGAAAGCGAUUUUCUGAGUUAUUUGAAAAGACUGUCAGUCGUGCCAGACCAGAUCUAUGAUCAGAUAGCUCUAAUGAAGCGAGCCAUUGAGUUGAAAAGAUCGAGUCACAUGGUUUCUGUCAGUCGUGUCCCUUCCAUGUUACAGGAGUGGGACGUGGAAGACUUCUUCCUCCAGCCUUUUGAAUUCAACCUCAGAAAACAAAAGUUUUCAACCUUUAAAAAGGACCGUCUGAGGGAGAAAGCAAAGAACCUUCUGCCCUACGUCAGCCAGGCUCUGAGCAGAUUGAAAGUAUUUAUGGACAAGGACUAUUUGGAUGCCACUCGUGAGUUUCCGGGAGUCCAUUCAUUGCCCCACGGGCUGGAGUAUUACGAAGCUUGCCUCAAAUGGUAUCUAGGCUACGACGCCAAAGCGACGGAAGUGUUUCAACUGGGAGUUCAAGAGGUGUCCAGGAUAGAGAAACAAAUUAAAGAGGUGAUGGCGAGCGUUGACUUCCAUGGGGACCUGAAGUCUUUCUUCAAACACAUUCAGACCUUACCAAAGUUCUACAACCACACCAAGGAACAGAUCCUGCAGAUGUACCGUGAGAUGCUGUCUGACCAGAUCAUCCCAGCUCUGGACACCCUGUUCUACAACUAUACCAUUGCUCCCAUCACAGUAGUUCCUGUAGAACGCGACGGCCCAUGGGGCUCCUAUGGCUUGGGCAGAUUUUUUGUCAAUCUGAAGGAAGCAGAGAAAAGAUCGACAUUUACAAUGAUGCCCUUGACCUUACACGAAGCAUAUCCGGGUCACCACUUUCAAGACUUGUACUCUCAACAUUUUGACAUACCACUGUACAGGGCGCAACCAAUGAACGGCAGACUGUACAGCGUACCCUUUCACUUCCCAGUCUACAGCGCUUACUCUGAGGGGUGGGCUCUUUAUUCAGAAUACCUGGGCCACGAGCUAGGCCUGUACGAUGACCCUUACAAAUUGUUUGGUCGAUACGUUUCGGAAAUAUUUCGAGCGUGUCGGCUGGUUGUGGAUACAGGCAUCCAUGCUUUUGGAUGGUCACGGGACAGAGCUAUCGAAUUCCUCAACGGAUACAGUGAUUUCCCACUAAGUCAGAUAGCGGCAGAGGUAGACAGAUAUAUCACAGCUCCUGGCCAGGCCUGUGCUUACAAAGUCGGGGAAAUAAAAAUAAAAAACCUGAGAAGAAAGGCUGAAGAGGCUUUAGGCUCCCUGUUCGAUGUCAAAGAAUUCCACCAUCAGAUGCUCAAAAUAGGUUACGUGCCGCUGGACAUCCUGGAGGAGGUCAUGAUGGAUUGGGUUCACUCCAUACUGACCAACGACCCCACCGUGACCUCGGACUACGAGAACCUCAUUGAAGCCACAACAAAUUCCAUGCCACCGUUACUAAUGUCCAGUUCUUUACAUGUUGUGUUGUUAAAUUUAGUUCUAGGUUAUAUUAUGUACAAUAAAAUUACGUAGCGAC